UGCAAUAUCACGCAAACGCCUCACAUAUAGUAUGGUUGUCUGGUAAACAUGUUGACAAACAGAGGAGACCAGCCUCAUCACCUAAAAAAGCUAAUUCUGGCUCUAUAACUUUAACCAGUUGGCCGGAGCGAGAGCCGAGCUCAAAGCAUAAGAAUCUACUCCUCACUGGUCUUCAGAAGCUUUCCAUCCUCUAAAUGGAGAAGAGUAACUAUAUUCAUGGUAGACUCAACUGCGUGCUUUUAUUCUCUUUAUUAAGGCUAAACCCCUUUCCAUACUGCGAGUUUUAGUAUUCAGUACUCAGCCAUACCGACCGUUUAUUUUUUAUACAAUGGGUAUGUAGCGGUUGAAGAUUGCAAAAAUGGGCUGUGCGUUUCCCCUUUUUCUAGACAAUCGGGGCACUUGGUGUUGUUCGAAUUCUGCUUUUGAGGGAAGAGGUGAUGAGAUAAAACAUUGAUUAAGCGAAAAGAUAGCACUAUGGAAACUCAAUGGUGGAAUACAGGCGAAGUAAAGCAAUUUAUAGUAAAAGAAAAGUAUGAACCCCCUUUUUUUACGGAAAAAAGAGGAAUCAAAGAUCGGAGAAUCAACCCUCGGAGACUAGUGGAUCCUAUUCUAAGAAAAGAGGAGAAUAGCAGAAGCUUGAUAAAGGAUGUGAUCAGUGAGAUAGUGUCACUCCACCCCGAUACCUACAGGGACAUUCCUGAAUAUAAGAGGUCUAGGAGCUUUUAUGUCACUUCAACUCAAGAUAGAUUUGCUGUAUUCAAAGAUGAGAAAGAUACCUUGCAGUUGAUUGAAGACUUUGCAGACAGCACGUUCAGAGUAGUAAAAAAUAGUGAACGGUGGAUGAAAGAUAUUCUUCGUUAGAUGAGAAAAAAUUCGGCCGAGUUCACUUGGUUAAAUCCUCAGUUAUAUUUUAAAGCUAUAUAAUUAAAAAUUUAAACAAAAGUGAAAGAUUGCUUCGGU